CCUGUCUCGCCGCUUUCGUGUCGGUGUUGUAAAAAGUUUUGUCCUUAAUCGUAAUUUUAUUAUUUAUGGAGUAUCAAACGUGGAAUCCCAAAAAUGGCAAGACACAGAAAUAUCCGGACUAUGAACAUCGAUGAUGAGUAUUAUGAAGAAGAUACAGUGUAUGGCCACUCGGUUCCAGACGAUGAUUAUUGCAUAUCGCCGGCCACAGCGGCACAGUUUACGUUCAACAGAGAACGUAAGACAGAUCUGUCCAGUUACAUGGGUCAGGAGGAAAUCCCAGAAGAGGAAGGGGAGGAGAGUGACAGCGAUCAUCAUGACUCUCUCAGCGACUCCAGAGAUUUCAAAAGACCUAAACUCAGUGACCAGGAUGAAUUACGACUGAAUAGUUGUCUAGAGGAGGUGCGAGGAAUCCUGGGGGACACAUUUCCAGACAACACCCUCAUCACUACCAUUAUAGACCAGGGCUAUGACACACAGAAGGCCUUGAACGUCCUGCUGUCUCAACAAGAUGCCCCGAAACCCCAGCGUGAGCCACGACAGAACAGGAGAGCUCGGUCACAAGCUUCUGCCUUUGCUCCAUCACCGCCUGUUGUUACCCUGAAGAAUCCAGUCCCCCGUGUGGUGACGGUCAAAGCUAAUGAUGGUACGGCGGCGAAAGCAGCAGAUUUCUCCAAAGUCAUCACCCCACAGAAUGAGAAGAAGCUUGCCAAAGAUUCAGAGAAUGACACAAAUACAAAGCUGGCCUCGUUAUCAAUGGAGCCGCCUUCUGAUGUUGUUGACAUGGCAACUCCACAGAAAGAUGGAGAUGGGGAUAAAUCAACUGGUGCUAUUCCAAAAUCAUCAAAAAAUCGACAAGAUCAAGCCAAGAUGAUGGAAGAGUAUAGGAAACGACAGGGAAGCAAAGAUCUCAUCAAUCUUGUUGUUAUAGGUCAUGUGGAUGCUGGGAAGAGCACAUUGAUGGGACAUUUGCUGUAUCAGUUAGGAGCUGUCAAUAAGAGGACUAUGCAUAAAUAUGAACAGGAAGCCAAAAAAGUGGGCAAGGGCUCAUUUGCAUAUGCAUGGGUUCUGGAUGAGACAGAAGAGGAGAGGUCACGAGGUGUGACAAUGGAUGUGGCACAGACAUGCUUUCAGACGGACAGUAAAACUGUGACGCUUCUUGAUGCUCCAGGCCACAAAGAUUUUAUCCCAAAUAUGAUCACAGGUGCUGCACAGGCUGAUGUUGGGAUUUUAGUUGUCAACGCCACACGGGGAGAAUUUGAGACAGGAUUUGAGACUGGUGGUCAGACGAGAGAGCAUGCCCUUCUUGUUAGGUCCCUGGGAGUGUCUCAGUUGAUUGUGGCAAUUAAUAAAAUGGACACAGUGGACUGGACUCAAAAGCGGUUUGAUGAAAUCGUCAAAAAGAUGAGUCAGUUUCUCAAACAAGCAGGUUUUAAAGACUCAGACUUGUCAUAUGUCCCUUGCAGUGGACUCAGUGGUGAAAAUCUGACUCAGCCAGUCCAGGAGCCAAGGUUGUCUUCCUGGUACAGUGGGCCAACCUUACUUAAACAGAUUGAUAAAUUCCGCCCACCUGUUCGGCCUAUCGACCGACCAUUCCGACUCUGUGUGGGGGACAUUUUUAAGGGUGUGGGCAGUGGUUUUACUGUGUCAGGACGAGUGGAGUCCGGGACCAUACAGAACGGGGAUAAAGUCUUGGUGAUGCCCGCUGGGGAAGUGGGCACAGCUAAGGGUGUUUUUAUAGAGACUGAGACCUCCAACUAUGGGUUUGCAGGCGACCAUGUGGGCAUUACCAUAACUGGUGUAGAUAUCAAUAAAGUCACUGUAGGUAGUAUAUUAUGUGAUCCAGCCAACCCUAUACACAGUGCUACAUUAAUCAGGGCCAGAGUAGUCGUAUUCAACAUCCCCUUGCCUUUAACCAAAGGCUAUCCUGUGGUAUUUCAUUACCAGUCAUUAAGUGAACCAGCUGUGAUUAAACGCCUCAUCUGUCAGCUCCACAAAACCUCAGGAGAAGUGGUGAAAAAACGACCCAAGUGUCUGACCAAAAAUAGCAAUGCUGUGAUCGAGUUGGAACUGGAGAGACCGGUGUGUUUAGAACUGUACAAGGAUUUUAAAGACCUGGGGAGAUUUAUGUUACGAAGCAGUGGACAGACCAUAGCUGCUGGACUAGUGGAAGAGAUUCUUGCCAGCUGAUUUCUCCUCGCUGUGAAGAGGGCAGUCACAUGACGGACAGCAUAAUUGACUCACUAGUGGAUAUUCUUCAUGACAGGCUACACGGAAUUGUAUUGCUGCCAUUGUUUUGAUGCUGAUUUUCCUCAAACAAUGGAUAUCCAGUUUCCUCUCUGGAUUCUGGCUUGCCUAAAAUGGAUGUCUCAACAACUAACUUAUCGGUUAUUUAAAUUAUUCAGCGGUGGAAAGGGCAGUAUUUUAUUUAUCUUGAAAGGGUUAUGUGGCGAUUCGUAGUCUUGAGGAUGUUCAUUCAGAUAUGCAAGUCGUUUCAGUGGCUCAUGUGUAACUUUACCUCUGCUGACAUAGUAAAGAAGAGGACCAGAUGUCAGUGUAAAACCAGAUCUGCUAAUAUUGCUCAUGUUUUGCAAACUCCCUUGAUAAAUUGAACCAUGUCACAGGGUUUUUAACCAAGUGGAUAUGAAGAUAUUAUUCUUAUGGAUUUUUGUAGCUGUAGGAUUUCAUGUGUCUAGAGGAGACAUGUCUUCAACGAUGGCAAUUUUUAUUAUGAUGUUACAUAUGAAGAGAUUGGUAACAUCUGUCCACUGGCUAUGCAAAUGUCUCUUUUUGGAAAAUCUCUAAGAAAUGCCUUCCACAACAGAGGCAAAACUUUUAAAAAAAGCAUUUUGUCUCAGUAUUUGAGUUCUUUAAUGGUAGCCAUAAAAUUUUCUCCAGACUUGUCCACAAAUGUUUAAUAAGCAAUUCAGUUUUUUCACUGUUUCAUGAACAUUGUUGUCUUGGAUAGCAUGUUGCAUGGUGAACAUAAAAUGUUAAUGGACACACAAAUUUUAUUUGGCUUCAACAUUGACAUGUGUUCAUGACUCUUCACUGAGGGUCAUACUGGAACAGCACACACAUGCACUAAUUUAUUGGAGGUAAUUGCUGUAGUUCGGUCACAAUGAUUUUUUCAUUAGCAAUUUACCGUUUCACAAAAUUGUUCGAAACGGCCGUCAUGUAUGACGUGACUACGUUUCCUACUACGAAUCAGAAGUCAUGUGGCUGAUUUUUUCACAUUAUGCGAACAGAUUUCAGUCGAUUUUAUCACUUUGUGAUCAAUGGCCAAUUUUUUUUUCUUGUGAUAAACUCAUGCAAGUGUGACGUGCCUUUAGAGGGUUGAGACACAUGGACAUGUUGCCAAAGACAAGAUUGUUACAAGAAACACAGUUCACAAAAUUAGCUUGCACAUAAUUUAAUAAUAUAAACUUUUCUGGCAACAACUUAAAAGAUUGGGAGGAAAAAAUCAACCACAGCCAAGUGCAAUGAAUGACACGUUGGGGUAAAAUUGCAAUAGGUUCUCCGGCCGUGUACCUCAAAAGUGGUCCAGGGGAAUGUUUUAUGGUUAAUUUAAAGUCUUAAUACUUGUGGAAAUAAAGUCUAGAAUUUAACACUGCUCAAUGUUUUGGUGUAAUUUUAAAUAACAUUUUUUAAAAAAAAAAACAAU